AUGUCUGUUUUGUCCGGCCCCGCGCCAUCUGGAGCAGCGCUCUCAGACCCUCCGAAAGAUGCCACGAUCGAUGACUCUGAACCAGGCGAGGUCCAGGAGGUUGACAUGCAGACCCAAGCAGAAACUAUCAGGACCGUCUUUAGCGAUCCUACAAACUUUAACGUCAAGCAUCCUCUCUACUCUCCUUGGACCCUAUGGUUCGACUCGCCUCAAACGAAGGGUCGUAACAUGCCCCAGACUCCAAUUUCUGCCUUUCCUCAGACUCCUGUUGCGCAAACACCUGGUGUGGCUGCUGCUCAAGGAUGGAUGGAGGACAUCAAGCGUGUCAUCAGUUUUGACAGCGUUGAAGAGUUCUGGGGGCUGUAUAACAACAUCGUCCCGCCGUCACAAUUGCCGCAAAAGGCCAACUACUAUCUCUUUAAGGAGGGAAUUAUCCCAGCAUGGGAGGACGAAGCAAACAAAAACGGCGGAAAAUGGAGCAUCCAACUACCGAAGGACAAGAACAGAGGUAACGUCGAUAAAAUGUGGCUUUAUACGAUGCUUGCUGCCAUUGGAGAGACCUUUGACCCAUCACUCACGUCAGCAGAUCCAGCCGGAUCGCCACCCAGUUCUCUGAUUACAGGCGUCAUCGUGUCUACGCGACCACAGUUUUACCGACUUUCGAUUUGGACACGGCUGGCCCCGUCUGGUUCAGAAGACGAUAAGUUGCGAGAGCGAAUCGAGGGGGUCGGCAAACAUUUCAAGACAAGCGUGCUUGGAUAUGCUGAUCAUGCGAAGCUCGCGGGGCCUUUGUCCACAGAGGUGGAGUUCCUGUCGCACAAAGACAGCGAGAAAAAGGGUGGCAAGUCACGCAAAAUUGUCGUCUGA